GCAGCGGUUCGCCCCCCCCUCCUCGGUCCCCGCCUGCCGCCGCCGCCCCCUCCCCCAGCGGCUGGCGGCUGCGGGCAGAGGCAGGAGGCGCCUCGGAGGCAGCGGGAGCCGGAGAAGCCGCAGCUGAGGACUUGUGGAAUGCUGUGAAGACUCCCACUGCCCCGCAGCCCUAAGCAGAUCACCGUCGGGAUUGUCUCCAUCCGAAGGAAGUUCGUCCACGAGAGGUACCUGUUGACUGAGCCUUAAAUUGUGAGAUCUGUACCAGGGGACGGCGGCUCGCUGCCCCGCCUGCUCCCAGCACCUUGCCUUCCUGAUCGCCGCAGUGGCGAGACACGAGGGGUCUGCAGUGAAAGUAGGCUGUCACCCUAAUUAACGGAGUUCCCGGUCUUCCACGAUGAACCCUGUUUACAGCCCCGUUCAACCUGGGGCUCCCUACGGAAACCCGAAGAACAUGGCUUACACAGGUUACCCGACAGGAUAUCCCACCGCGGCCCCAGCCUACAACCCCAACAUGUACCCAACCAGCAGCCCUGGCUACGCCCCAGCUACACUUCUGAUGAAGCAAGCCUGGCCACAGACCUCCUCGUCCUGUGCCACGGAGGGCACCUUCCACCUCCCAGUGGACACUGGGACCGAGAACAGAACUUAUCAGGCUUCUUCUGCAGCAUUCAGGUACACUGCGGGGACUCCCUACAAGGUCCCACCGACCCAGAGUAACAACGCGCCUCCUCCCUACUCUCCGUCUCCGAACCCGUACCAAACGGCGAUGUACCCCAUCAGAAGUGCCUAUCCCCAGCAGAACCUGUACACCCAGGGAGCUUACUACACCCAGCCGGUGUACGCGGCGCAGCCUCACGUCAUCCAUCACACCACCGUGGUGCAGCCCAACAGCAUCCCGUCGGCGAUCUACCCGGCCCCUGUGGCUGCGCCCAGGACCAACGGCGUGGCCAUGGGCAUGGUCGCGGGGACCACCAUGGCCAUGUCGGCAGGAACCUUGUUGACCACCCCACAACACACCGCAAUCGGAGCACAUCCAGUUUCCGUGCCAACGUACAGGGCUCAAGGAACCCCCACGUACAGCUACGUACCUCCACACUGGUAAACCCACCGGCCAAGUCAUAUCCAGAGUCAGACAUCGUAUGCAACUCCACAAGUCUUACAUCGGGGCUGCAGCCGCCGGACUGCAGCACCUCGUCUGUUUGCGAGAACAAAAGAAAAAAAAGAAAAAAAAAAAAAAAAAGAAAAAAAAAAAGUGCAAGGGUCACUUUAUGCAUUCUUUAGUGGUUUUUGUAAAAGCUGCUUUUUCUAAUCUUCUGCCUCUUUUUUUUUUUUUUUUCCUCCCCUCUCCCCCGACCCCCAUCAGUCGUGUAACACACAUCCUGACACUGAGCAAUAGUAAAGGUCUCUCUUUGGUCCCGUCGUCUGCAAGCUCAGCAUAUUUCACUCCGCACCAUUGCCCAGCCGAGCGGUGCAAAAAUCCCCACUUCUCGUUCGUUUGGGUUCU